AUGGGCUUCUCGCUGGACUCAUAUCAUGGCAGAGACUGCUCAACGACCGCGCCCACCGCCGAACAGACGGAGAGACAAAGUCCAGCUGUCCUGCGACCCAUGCCGACUACAGAAGUUGAGAUGCGACCGCCAGCAGCCCUGCGGAGGGUGUUCGAGACGCCGCAUUACAGAACAUCGAAUCAGCCUGUCGACGUACAUGGCAGGAUAUUGGAGCUUGAGAACCUCGUCAUGACACUAAUGAAAGGGCAACCAGCCUCAAGUCUUGCGACACCUCCCGCAGAUGUACCGUAUCACAGCAAAGGUUGCGGGAGUCAGCAAGAUACAGCCAAGUCUUUGGCAGACCCUGGCACUCUCAAAGUCGGCGAGACAGGCACCAGCUAUGUCCAGAACGUCCAUUGGGAAUCUGUCCUGUCCGAGAUUAGAGGUCUGAAGGAGGACUUGGUCACUGACAGCAAGGUCCUGGCGGGAUCACAUCUGUUCUACGGCCCGAAUCGACGCGCAACUCGGGAGGAAAUUCUUGCUGCUGUGCCAUCGCGCGUGGUGGCUGAUCGUCUUAUGGCUCUUCAUUUCGAAUCCUGCAUCAUCACACCAGAUCUAAUCCACCGUGGCAGAUUCCUGAGAGAGUAUGAAAGCUUUUGGACAGAUCCGUCUGGGUCAUCUAUCGCCUGGAUUGGAUUAAUGUUCUCCAUGCUAUGCAUAGCUGCACUACUGCAGUGCUUCUCGAUCGAUAGUACUGGUGGACAAGACCAGUCACUCAAGACGGAGUACCUGAACAUGAAGGAAGCCUUCCGAGAAAAGGCUGUACAGUGUCUAGUCCUGGCCAGAUACACGACAGGCGGCCCAUACAUCCUGGAAACGCUCAUAACAAUCCUCGCUGGGGAAUUCGUUCUCUUGAAGGAUGGCGCCACGGAUAGCUGGCUCUCAAUCGGGCUGAUACUGCAGAUCGCCAUUCGUAUGGGCUAUCACCGUGACCCGGACCAUUUCCCAGGCCUGUCACCGUUCGAAAGCGAAAUGCGCAGACGGAUCUGGACUGCGAUACUACAGCUAGAUCUCAUCACUUCCCUGGAGGCAGGCUUACCUCGGAACGCCACAGAUGCCCAUAUCGACACAAAGCCGCCUUCGAACCUGCUAGACUCCGAUUUUGACCAGGACACGCACGAGAUGCCGCCAUCAAGACCAGAGACGGAAUGGACCCCGAUUCUGCCGCUCAUCACUAGGAGACGGCUGAUCUUCACCUUGGGCAAGAUUUGCGACAUCAAUUCCGACAUCAAAGCUCCUUCGCAAGUCGAGGUCGCUCAGGUCGACGCGAUCCUCCAAGACGUGUACAAGCACGCCAUACCUCCUGUUCUCCGGUGGACGACGAUGCCGCACCCCAUCACGGACAGUCCGGCCGUUGUGGCGCAGCGCAUUUGGCGCGAGGCAAGUAGCGCUUCCGUCGAAGCUGGGAAAGUUGCGAAGGCUCUAAGUAUCGUCCUCGGAAUGUCCGAGGUGUCUGCAAACCCCGGCAAGCCGCACAACGAGACCGAUUUGGAGGCUAUGUUCGGCUCCAUGCAGUCGGACGACAUGGGCGGGACCUAUAACCAAUACUUUCCUACCGGUUUCUACUCGCCUCUCACCUUCUUCGAUAACGUAUUCACCAGUCGCAAAGAGAACGAAAGGAUCAAGCGGGAGACACCCAUAUUGAUUAAGCGCCUCAGCAUCGACGCAGCCGUCGCUGAGUUCAAUCUUCGUCAGGAGAAGUUCUUGAGGCAAGUCCGGAAGGAGAUCAGAAGCCUUGUCAAGAAUACGUCGAAGACUGAAUGCCUGUCAGUCAUUGCAACCGGUCCGUCCGGCGCACCAAAAUUGCACAAGCCCUGGGGCAGAGCCUGGCAAAGGCGAUUCUGGGCCGUGCGUAAGCAUAAGAGCGAAAAUCCAUCUGAGCCCUCAUUUCCGGUGUACGAUGGCGAAACACUGGAUUCGCCGUUGUCGACGCCGAUCCAGAACAAGGUCCAGGACGUAUACCGCCAGUUCUACCGACAGAACAGCGAUAUCGUUGAUGGACUCAUCGCCCACCACCUCUAUCGCCACCCGGACGUGCAGGAAGCCGUUACCAUACACAUAGCGGCAGCUAUCCGGUCAUCUGUCGCACCAGUGUCCAAAGAAAUCUAUGAUAACAUCGCCCGCCAUAUUGUCCAAGCUCUCACAGGCGAGGUGCCUACUGCGGCGGCUGGCCUGGCUGGGGAUGCAACAGCCAGUAUGACCACGGACAUCGCGCUUUCUGUGAUUGCUGGUGCUAUGGUGCAUGCUUUCCAUUCAGUCUUGAACACCUUCGUAUUCAAGACCGUCGCAACCACCACUAUGCACACGGCAGGGACAUCGCUGACUUACAUCGUCGCCAAAGCUGUGAUGGCUGGUUUAGUCACUACGGCCUCGACUCAUGCCGCUGCACAUGGCUCUGCAGCCACCUUCACGUGUGGCGCCUACCUUGCCAUGCUUCCGCUCGUGCUCGGCAUCGUCGCAUACCAGGUCUACCGGUUCCCGAGCAAGCUUGGAAAAAAGAUCGCGGCACAGGUUUGCAACAACCUGAGAGGCGAAUAUGAAGCGACCAACAGGAGAAGACUGUCGGCAUUGCUUGUUGAGGCCUUAAAAGAUGGCGGGAAAGACAUUUGGGACGCAAUGCUGAACGAUUCACGUGUGAAAAGUGAGCUGGAGAUUUUUAUGCGGGGGUUGAUGAAUGAAAAGAGUGCCGUAGAUACGAGGGAAAUUAUAGGCCAAGGAGGGCGCUGA